ACCCGCGGUUUAAUUGAGCUAUUGGAAGCCUCUGGUGUGGAUGAACUAAAAUAUUUUGAGCACAGGAGUAGACGUUCAGUUAGGGAGAUACUUAUCACCAUUGAAGAAACUAUAAGGGAACUGAUUUUGGAUAGGCUUCAGAAUGUUAAUGCAUUUGGAUUGCUUGCAGAUGAAUCAACCGAUGUAGCAGUAAUGGAACAAAUGAUUAUAUUUGUUAAAUACUUUGGAGAACUUUGUGAAGCAAAAACUGAUUUCUUGGCUAUGACUACUAUUUUUAAAUCUGAUGGUGCAAAUGCUGAAGUUUUGACAAAUAAAAUAGUUCACGUUCUAGAAGAAUGCAGCUUAUUGAUAUUAAAUUUGAAGUCAUUUGUUAGUGAUGGUGCUGCAGUUAUGACUGGCAAGCAAAAUGGGGUGGCUGCAAGAUUACGUAGGCUGAAUAAAUUAAUUCUCAGUUUUCAUUGUAUCUGUCACAAACUUGCCUUGGCUUGUGUAGACACUGAAAAGGAGAUAGGAUACAUUAAAGAAGUUGCAACUACUCUGACUCAGGCAUGGAAGUUUUUUGAAAAUUCUCCAAAGAGAACUAAUAUUCAAA